AAAAAAAAAAAAAAAAAAACUUGAGUUUACUACGUCAUUCUUCUUCUUCUUCUCCAUCUUCUUCUUCCCCCAAUCUCCCCAAAUCUUUCCUUUUGAUGUCUCUGGUCUCCCCCUCCAAGUCAACUUGCGUGUUGUGGCACCAUAUUCUAUAAAGAAAAAAAAAACAAAUAUGCCGAGAAAAAAAGGGUGAAUCACUAGAUUCCGACCCAUCUCAGAUCAGAAAGGAAAGUUUCGAUCUUUCCCCUGUUCUGUCCGAAAAAUCUCUCCUUUCGAACUGGGUUCGAGUUUUUUUUUUACAAAGAUGGCGACCAUCUCUGUGUUUGCCUUAUUUCUUAUCCUCCACUUCACGUCCCUUCCCGUGUCGGAAGCAACGAACAGAAGGACCCGGCGGGAAAGAUGCAACAGUCCGUUUACCUGUCAGAGCCUCCACGAUAUGAAGUUCCCUUUCUACUCCACUCAGAUGCCACCGGACUGCGGCCUGUUCAUGGUGAAUUGCAGCAAGGAGGAGCCUCAGAUACAGCUGAAGGAAGGAGGGAAAUGGUACAAAGUCGUGGACAUAUCUCAGGGAAACAACAUCAUCGUCACCGACCUCGAGCUCGAGCGAGCCUUGAGUUCUUCCAACUGCAGUGACUUGUCGAGCUUUUCUCUUCCAGAUACGCCAUGGCUGCGGCUGAAAACUGUGUACAGAUGCAAUCAGAAGGCUGAUAUCAGCUCCAGCAAGAGAUUUUCUUACCACAAUUGCGAAGCGGGCGGAUUCUUCUACGCUUUGCCGGAAGAUAGCAUGGACAAGUUUCCUCCCGAAUGUUCGGCUUUCAAGAUUCCGGAGAUCUGGGAACCGAGCGAGAGCAAUAGAAACAUAUAUUUAAAUGCCACUUUCUCUGUAAAUAUAACUCCACUGGGUCGGUGCUAUGGAUGCCAUUACAGAGGGGGAACAUGCUCCAUCAACCAUGAGAAGAAUAUUACAUGCGUUGGAGGGGAGAAAGGUGGAAGCAGUCAGAGAAGGAUGGAGCUCGGACUAGGAAUUGGCGGCUCUCUGGCGUUGAUAAUCAUCUUGGCAGCUCUGCUAAUCAUUCCACGGUUCUUCAGAAGGAGAAAUGGUUCAGAUUUCAUCUCUGGAAAUGAUUCAUCUGACCGGUACUCGAAAUCCGAUGUCGAGUCCAGCCAUGUCUUCUUCAAGAUACCCGUCUUCUCCUACAAAGAACUCGAGGAAGCCACAAAUAACUUCAGCGGCGACAGAUUGCUCGGGGAUGGAGGCUUCGGAACUGUGUACUAUGGAAAACUUCAGGACGGGCGAGAAGUUGCGGUGAAACGUCUAUACGAGCACAACUUCAGACGGGUUCAGCAGUUCAUAAACGAGAUUGAAAUCCUCACGCGUCUUCAGCAUCAGAAUCUUGUCUCCCUCUACGGCUGCACUUCGCGUAAAAGCCGAGAACUUCUCCUCGUGUAUGAGUUUGUUAGAAACGGGACGGUUGCCGAUCAUCUCCACGGCGAUCUGUCGAAACCCGGUUCACUGCCAUGGCCUAUGCGUAUGAACAUCGCCAUACAAACAGCCAGUGCUCUGGCAUACCUCCAUGCCUCGGAUAUCAUCCAUCGCGACGUGAAGACAACAAAUAUCCUCCUCGACACUAACUUCAGCGUUAAAGUUGCAGACUUUGGACUAUCGAGGUUGUUCCCGAAUGAUGUAACCCAUGUUUCAACCGCCCCGCAGGGCACUCCGGGCUAUGUGGAUCCAGAAUAUCAUCAGUGCUAUCAACUAACCGAUAAGAGCGAUGUGUACAGCUUUGGAGUCGUCCUUGUCGAGCUGAUAUCUUCAAAGCCUGCAGUUGACAUAAACAGGAGUAAGACCGAGAUAAACCUAUCCAACUUAGCAGUAAACAGGAUACAGAAACAAGCAUAUGACGAGCUGAUUGAUCCAGGCCUCGGGUACAAGACAGAUGAGAAGGUUAGGAAGAUGACUACAAUGGUGGCAGAGUUGGCUUUCCAGUGUUUGCAGCAAGACAAGGCGAUGAGACCGACCAUGGAUGAGGUUCUGCAAGAACUCCAGAGAAUCCAGAAUGAGGAGCAAACAAAUCAUGAUCAUGAUCAAGAACAAAAACACGAUGAAGACGAUGAGGAGAUUAAGCAAAGUUUUCCACCGGCUUCUCCACUGGAUUGGACAAAGGCUUCGCUGUUAAAAUAUCAGAUACCCUCGUUCUCCGAUCUCUGUGACCGAGCAAUGGGUUAGCAAAUCCACAACACCAAAUACCAGCCUUUAAGGCUGUGAGAAGAAGAUCCUUCGAGUGCCAUUAGACAUUUUCUUCUCAUCUGUCUUUUUUAUUCACUGUCACUGCCCAGAGAGAGAUAUAUCCAUGAUGGAAUCAAGUUUUAGGUCCUAAGAUAAUGUAUAUAGCCACAGAAUUUGCACUGCAAACCCACCUGCACUUCCAUUGUCAAAAUCCCAAGCCACGAGCUAACCAUUGAAAACAGAGGAAGCAUAUGUAUUAAGGUUGUGUUUCCAUGUCCUAAAAGCUUGAAUAUCUGUCCUUGUUACCAUUCCCGGGUUGAGUGAAUGAAACCCAUUUCCCGUUCCAGUCUCAAACUCA